UCAGUUUCACCUUCAGACGUCAGUUUCUCCUCAUAUUCAGAGACAUCAUGGGAAGCUCAUCAUCCAGUGCUGCAGACCCAGAAUAUCAGAAGCGAAAAAUCACAGAUAUGAACAAAAAACAACCAAAGACUGGAGAUCUGAUAGAGAUCUUCCGUUCCACCUACCAGCAUUGGGCUGUGUACAUCGGUGGUGGAUAUGUAGUUCAUCUUGUAGUGAAAGGUGAGUUUAACACACGUUGUGAGCUGGUAAGACCAAAUCUGGGAGUUGUGAAGAAAGAGAAGCUGGAGGAAGUGGUGGGAAAUGAUCGCUGGAAAAUCAACAACUAUCUGGAUAAAAAAAACAAACCUCAAAAGGUUUAUGCCAUCCUGAAACAGGCUGUUGGAUUUAUUGGUGAUCGGCUGCAUUACAACUUGGCUACAUAUAACUGUAAGCACUUUGCCACGGAGCUGCGCUAUGGAAAGCCUGUUUCUCAGCAGAACAAAAAACAACCAAAGCCUGGAGACCUGAUAGAGAUCUUCCGUUCCACCUACCAGCAUUGGGCUGUGUACAUCGGUGGUGGAUAUGUAGUUCAUCUUGUAGUGAAAGGUGAGCUGGUAAGACCAAAUCUGGGAGUUGUGAAGAAAGAGAAGCUGGAGGAAGUGGUGGGAAAUGAUCGCUGGAAAAUCAACAACUAUCUGGAUAAAAAAUACAAACCUCACCAGGCUCAUGCCAUCGUGAAACAGGCUACUGGAUUCAUUGAUACUCAGCUGCCGUACAGCUUGCUUACAUGUAACUGUGAGCACUUUGCCAACGACCUGCGCUAUGGAAAGGCCAUAUGUCGGCAGGUAAACAAAGUUGUUGGAGCUAUAGUAAGAAUCGUGGUUGGAGUCAUCAGACGCUGAAUGGUGCUUUUGAGCAUAGAUAUCAGUCUUUUAUCAACUGUUUCAUAACAGUUAUGGCUGUCGCAAUUGUGAUUUUCUGUAUUAUUACACAAUUACUUUAAUUAAUUCUUUGCUAAUGAUGAUGUUAAUGAAAGAGGAACCAAAGCUAAAUGUAAGUCAUCCAUCCAUCUUCUUCAGUAAUUGGGUGAGAGACUGUUACACCCUGGACAAGUUGCCAGUCCAUCUCAGGGUUACACAGAGACACACAACCAUAGACACUCAAAUGAACACACACUCACACCUAAAGGCA